AUGGCGUCGGCAGACCGUAAGCAGCACAACCCGAUUGCUUUUACAGUUAUUGGUGGCAUCCUCGUGGCCUUCGUCGCUGCUGUCCUUUUGCCUGCCUGCACGUCAUCGCUGAAGAUCACCGCCACCACCUACGCCGCCGUCGCCACUGCCACUGUCGCCACCCAGUGUUCGCCACUUCCGCCCGCUGCUCGCCACUUCCGCCCGCUGCUCGCCGCCUCCGCCCCGUGCUCGCCGCCUCCAUAUGGUGCUCUCCGCCAACGGCCGGUGCUCGCCCCCUUGACCUUUUGCUCGCUGCCACCGCCCGGUGCUAACUGCCGCUGCCUCCGCAGCCAGGUCCUACACGCCGCCCCCCCCACCGACAGGUCCUCGCCGCCGCCGCCACCGCCAGCGUCACCAGGUCCUAGCCGCCGCUGCCUGGUGCUCGCCACCUCGGCCCGGUGCUCGCCGCCGUCGCUCCUCCGCCAGGUCCUGGCUGCCACUGCCACUGCCCACUGCUCACCUCCACCGCUGGCCCUGUUUUAG